AUGAUAACGUCCGAGUACGCUCCUUCGGACAGCGAUGGAGUCUUCGUCGGUGUACAUGUGUUUCCCCUGCUACCGGGAGUUCAACUCUCUGGAUGAGGUGCUGAAACACCAGCUCACGUGCAAUGCUGAGGUUGCAGGGUCGACACAAAUUCCAUCUGAAACCACCACCACCAUCACUGUCCCAGUAUUACAGACCCAACAACAGUUUCUAGGCCACCUUUUAACUCCUUCGGGGAUUGUUGUGGCCCCACAGAUCCAGACGAAGGUUCUAAGGUCUUUGUCGCCCAGGAAAGCACCGGUUGCAACCAAGCAGGCUGCAACUGGCACCAGGUCCUCUUCAUCAUCAGACCAGCCCCGAAUCCUCUACCAGUGUGGGGACUGCGAUGAGCUUUUCAAGACCCUGGACCUUUGGCAACAACAUCGCAGAGAGGGUUCCUGUCUUCAGUCUAACUCUGCAACCACAUUAGAAGGAGAUCCUAGACCUGAGCCAGAAACUGAUCAACAACCCGUUCCAGAAGUAGAGGCCAUGUUGGAACCGGACCCAGAUGAGGCUGGAUCCCCAGAGCAUGUAGAGGAAGUGGGUCAAACCACAGCUGAGGAGGAGGCCCGGUCCCAAUCUGUUGAAGAGCCUCCUGCUGCGAUGUCUGUAGAACCGCCCACUGAGACAUCUGUAGAGCCGCCCGCUGAGACGUCUGUAGAGCCUCCCACAGAAACAUCUUCAGCUCAGAGCUCAGACCCCCCCAUUUCUGAGCGUAGCGCCGCUUCGACCUGUGAAGAGCCUGAGGAUUCGUCUCCCUCCAGGAGGAGAGGGGCCAACAAAAAGUCCAAGCCAGAACCUGUGCUCCUGUGUGUAGACUGUGGCUCAAGCUUUGGCCUGGUGUCCGAGUUGGUGGCUCAUCGCAAGUCCCAGCAUGGACUGGAGGAAGCCCUGCACCGCUGCUUUGUGUGUGGGGAGAGCUUCCUUAACACUACUCUCUUUCUCUAUCACCGCAAGCAGCACCGGCAAAAAGGUGAGGAGAAGGAGAUGGGGGAAGCUACGAUGACAUCAGAGGAGGAUUCUCAGAUCGAUACCAUGGAGGGGCAGGAUGCUACUUCCUCCUCCUCCACCUCUAGCUUCACCAAGCCUGAGAUGUUCCUGUGCACCCAGUGUGGUGAAAGCUUUAACAGCGAGGAAGGGCUGGCCAUCCAUCGUAAGAGCAAGCACGGUCUGCAGGAGGCCCUCCACCACUGCUCCCAGUGUGGUAAGGACUUCAUGAACACCACCCAGUACUUGUAUCAUCGCCGGCUACACCGCUCUAACCCAGGGACCGAAGCAGUGGAUGGAGCUGAGGUUGUGGUUGAUGGCACCACCACUCCUCCUGAGGACACAUCACAGACUACGAAAAGGCUUCUUUCCCCUUCCUCCUCCUCCAGUGAAUUAGGGUGUCCUCAACCUAAGAGGAGCCGAAUCGGCAACAUUAAUUUGCUCAAAGAUAAUGACAAGGGAACAGGCUCCAACAAGGAGGAGUCAGAGGGGAGCACUGUAAUUGACUCAGGCCCUACUAACCUCCCUCCCCCUGCCAAGCUGUUGCAGGACUGGGCUCGAACUCCGCUACCCCAUGUUUGCCCCUAUUGUGGCAAAACCUUCACUCGACGUGUCUUCCUACGCACCCACGUCUUCAGCCACACUGGGGAGAAGCUCUUCACAUGCAAGGUGUGCUCAAAGGCGUUUACCAACUCCCAGAGCCUGCUGCGCCACAGCAUGAUCCACACUGGCGACAGGCCUUUCAACUGUGACGUGUGCGGCAAGAACUUCUCUCAGGCAGCCACCUUGAAGAGACACCAACACACGCACACAUCAACACAGCCUCGACGCAAGCGUGGACGCAAACCGGUAUGCAGUUUGGACAGUGAAGAAGCCACCCAUCUCUUCCCUUGUCCUCAAUGCCCCUCACGAUUCAACUCCGAGGAUCAGCUCAACCAUCACAAACUGCUCCACACGAGCCAUCCAUUCCACUGCCGAAUGUGCGGAAUGACCUUCAAACGCAGGAAGGAGCUGGACAUGCACUCCCUCACUCACCAAGACAAGGAGCCCGCCACAUGUCCCCACUGCUCAGCUCAGUUUGUGAACCAGUCGGUGUUGGACAUCCACCUGCAGCGCUGCCCAACCACUGAUGAAGAGAAGAAUGCCGGCCGGGGACGAGGUCAGGGACGAGGACGCAGCACUGGUCAGAUUGAGUGCGACUUAUGCGGCCAUCGCUGCAUGACCCAGGAGGGCCUGGACCUCCAUCGGUUGUCCCACACAGGCCAGACGCCACUCAAGUGCCCUGUAAUUUCUUGCCGCCGGCGGUUUGCGUGUAACACCACCCUUGAGCAGCAUGUAGUAUCCCACAUCCAAGGCUUGCCAACCAAAACCAAAGGCCGACCUCGCUUCUGCUGCCAGAUCUGCCAUAAGGAGUUUGCGUACACCUCAACCUUCAACGUCCACAUGAGGACACACACUGAUGAGAGACCUUUCGAGUGCACCACCUGUGGCAAGCGUUUCCGUCAGCUGCCCCACCUGCAGGACCACGAGCGCAUCCACAGCGGCCUGCGGCCCUUCUGCUGCUGGGUGUGCGGCAAGAGUUUCAGCGUGGCUGCCCGCCUCACUGAGCACGCCCGUACUCACAGCGGCGAGAAACCGUACCCCUGCCCCCACUGCCCCUCUGCCUUCCGCUCGCGCUCCAACCUGGACAAGCACCUCCGGCUCCACGGUGACCUGCCGCCAGACGCCGAGAAGCAGGCUGCCGAGGCCGCCCAGGCCGCCCAGGUCCAGAAGGUGCUGGAGGGGGCCAAGGUGCUGACAUCUCUAGCUGCCACAGCAGAGGGAGAGACCGGCACCGUGCAGACCAUCUACGUGCUCCAGGGGGAUGCCGGCACUGAGACGGUCAUGAUCCCGUCGGACCAGUUUGGCGCCAUGGAGGGCUCCUCUCAAGUGGUCAUCCUGCCUCCCUCGGUCCUCGGAGGUCAGGCCAUUGCUGUUCCUACAAUCAGCAUGGAUGGCAGCGACAUAACCAUGGUGGAGACAAACCAGUCGCCCCAUCACGCCUUAGAGUUUAUUGUGGAGGAGACAAUAUGAAAAAAAACAGGGUAAAAGGGAGAUGGGGAAGAGAAAGAUCUAGAACAGUCGUUUUAAGGAUCAAUAGAAAACAACGCCUGUUGCUAGAGUAAGAAGCCAAUGAUCAGACGCUAAGACAUUGAGAAUUAUUUCUGUGUUUAUAUAUAGUUUGAUGGAUUCCUCAGCCAGUUUGAAGUAAGAUGUUCUUCAGUAUGGUGAUAAAUCUUUGAAGGAUGAUGACCACGGGUGCAGUUAGGAGAAUUUCAAUAGCCAAAUUGUAAAGCACAGACUUCAGAUUUACAGACAUGGUUCACGGGUUAAAUGUCGAGGAAAGCAGAAUGCAUUUCCCACAUGUAUCUUUCAAACUGAUUGAAAAGCAGAUUGUUGAAUUGUCACUUGAUUGUACAUAGAUGUGUAUUUACAAACCCUUUUAUUAGGAUCGCACCACAGGUGUCCCAUGAGAUGUGCUCUGCUUUCGUUCAAAUAAAACGA